GUAAACGAACCCCUCACACACGGUCUUCCCGAGAAGGAUCUCAAAUAAAUAAACAAAAAGGCGAAGAGAGGGGUUUAUGCUGAGUGAUUGGCAGAUGUUUAUGAAGCAUUUUAGGAGACGGUGAGCUUUGGGUGUAAUCUAACUGGGCAGAAUGGAAAAGGCGUGGCAAACCUCGACUGGAAGAGGACAGAGGGGGAUCUCCACUCCAGCGAUUUGAUAUGAAAACCAACCCAGGUCUCCUGGUGUGGGGCCACGAUGUUGGGCCACUUGGGGUCGUAGUGAAGCACAUACCCGUUCAAAAGGUGUUGUCGCGCCUUUUUAACGGCAAUCUUCGACGUGUUGGGACGAAUCACCCAGACGAAGUCUGUGGGAAGGGGAAAACCGUGUAUGAUCAUGACACGUUCAGCAAGGACGACAAAAUGGGGGAUGCAGAAUUUGACAUCAAACCGUUCCUAGAGGCCUUGCAGAUGCAUCUAGAUGGCUUCCCGAGUGGCACCGUGAUCACACGAGUACCACCGUGUAGAGCAAAUUGCCUGGCGGAGGAGUCGUGUGUCGUCUGGAAAGAUGGUAAGGUCUCGCAAGAUAUGUGCCUGAGAUUGAGAAAUGUGGAAUGCGGCGAGGUAGAACUCCAAUUUGAGUGGAUAGAGAUUCCCAACCACAAGUAAAAGCUUCAUCCACCCCUCUUCUUGAAAUUCACUAUUUCUUUGGAAAGUGUGUUAUAUAAUGGACCUGUAUAAUUUGCCAAGCCAAGGCUAUGUAUUGAUGAAUAAUUCGCACAUUGAUUU